AUGUCAGAUCCUCAGCGGAAAUGGUUUUUAGAAUGUGGACACAUUAACCCUGUCGUGACAUUUGGUAUGUUUCUGGCAAGGAAAUUGUCUCUAACCAGGGCAGUUUUCUACAUUGUGAUGCAAUGCCUUGGUGCAAUCUGUGGUGCUGGUGUUGUCAAAGGGUUCCAGCCAUCUUUGUAUCAGGUUAAGGGUGGAGGUGCCAAUGUUGUGAAUCAUGGUUACACCAAAGGAGAUGGCCUUGGUGCUGGGAUUGUUGGCAUUUUUGUUCUUGUCUAUACAGUUUUCUCUGCUACUGAUGCCAAAAGAAAUGCAAGAGACACCCAUGUCCCUAUUUUGGCACCUCUCCCAAUUGGAUUUGCACUGUUCUUGGUUCACUUGGCCACCAUCCCAGUUACAGACACCGGCAUUAACCCAAUUGUUGUUGGAAUUCAAAUUUUUUAUUUUUCUGGUAAACUUUUGCUCUUUCCUAUUCAAUAGGUGAAGGGGAUAUUAUUUCCCUACCCUAAAAGGUUAAAGGGUAAAAUGGAAU